CACGCUCACGCAAGAAAUCUUACGGCAAAUCUAUAUUAUUCCAUUAUAAACCUGGAAUAGCUCACAAACUUGGGUAGCUCGCAAACUCUACAGACUAUUUGCAAGAGGCAAGAAGAGCAGCGUUGUAGCUGCCACAUGCCGCGCGGAUGGGGGCUUGUUAACAUGUGCUUUGUUUUCUGGGUCAUGAGGAUCGUCUGGGUGCAUCUCCUAUGCUUCAACGAAGGACAGGAAAUUACUGCAGAAGCGUUGACCAAAUCACCAUUUAUAGAAAAGAGGCAUGAAUUUUUCGACCUGAACAAAGAUGCUAAUAUAACAUGCAGCAGUAAAACAUGGCGAGAGAUGAUCUACAACAUCUGGAAAGUCAAAGUGAAGGGGAAGCACUGCUGCAUGGCUUUUCACAUUAACGGGAGUCACUAUGACACAUGUGAGAAUGGGAUGGAGCUGAGGAACGGAACCAGCGGAGAAUCCUACCUGCACAUUCCUCAAAUCACUCUAGGAAACCAAGGAGUUUAUCUCUGUGAGACGGCUUACUGGGGAGGAACCUAUAAUGCAGAGAUUACGGUAUCUGCAAGAGUGCCUCCGCAGAUCUUCAGCAGGCUGGAUAAGCUCCGCAACGGGACAGUGGCUGUGUGCUCAGCUGUGGGGGGAAACCCAGCGGCCUCCAUCUCCUGGAGAACCUCGUGGAAUUCCACAGUGAACCAGAUCUCCACCAGCAACCCAAACGGCACCUACACUGUGGAGAGCCGCUUGGUCCUGCCUGACCGUGUCUCCAGAGAGAACCUGAGCUGCAUCGUCACACACCCCAGCUGGCCGGGGGAGAACAAGGAGGUACCGCUGCCUUGGGUUCUUGCAGGAUCCAUGUCAGUCUUUGGAUUGCAGUUCAACGUCCUGAUGGUCUGCGCUACUUUGAUGCUGUUUGGAGUUGUGACUUCAUGCUACAUCUUAUGGAGACCUUCCAAACCAAUGGGCCGAAGGAAGCGAUGUCUCUGCCCAGGUUCUACUUGACAGACCUGGCCGUCAAUGCAGAAGGACGUCAGCAACCCAGUUAGGAACUACGAGGGGAGGUUACAUCGCCCGCUAACCAAACCUAUAUGCUCUGUGGUAUGCUUAACUUUACCUUCUGCCCACUAUCUAUUUUUUUUUUGCAGUGCUUGUUGCUCAGGUUUGGUCAUUUAGUGAACCUGCUGCGUGUCCAAUGGUUUUUGUUUUCGCUGUUUUUGGCAGAGACGCUAAUUGUACUGUACCUGUGGUUUUGUCGCGCGGGUUUUUCUGAAACAUCGUGUUUUGAAGAGCGCAGACUUUCUAUGCAUGGUCGUAUGUUUGUGAUGCAUGUGGAAUUGUAGGUUUUGCACAAUGAUUUCGAUUUCACUCUUGGUAAUAAACUGCACCUUCUAUGAAUUGCCUGGCACUGAAAAAAAAUGGAACAGUUGCAGUGUUCUAUAGCGCCAGCAGAUGGCAGCACGUAGUGGUGCUGGUAAAUCAGAUGGUGAUUGGUAUACAAAGACCAAUGCGGUUCUCCCCUUAUUUUCUAGUUCACAUAUAACCUAAUCGAAGCUGCUUUUAUAUGAACUGCUAACAGUUAUAGCUGAUAUCGAACAAUCAAAAUGACUUUCUUAACAGCAAAUGGAAGAAUGUUAACCUAUGCCAAAACAAUAUUUUACGUCUAAGACAAAAAAAUAAAGUAAAAUAAAAUAAGUGUAUAUGUCCAAACUGCUCUGCACACCUGGUGUAUCUUUGAUUUCCAGAGGGAAAGAUACCUGACCUUCCCUGGAAAUUUUAUAUCUUGAUACUGACAGGUGUUUUCCAGCACUCAACAAACUAGAUUUUGCUCCAGUAACAGUAAAACACUUUUUUUUGUUGUCCUUUGGGGCUUUUUAAUGACUCAUUUUAACGUAAUUAAGUACAAAGUUGUUAUGAAACAAACAUCUCAAGAACAGAAGAAAACAAUUUCUGGUACUUUUAACUUCUUAUGAAAAGCAGAAGUGUUUGAUGGGACAGUUUCAUAAAAUCUCAUAACACAAGAAGAGUCUGGUGCUUCCUUGAUAAAUAUUUAUGCAUCCCCGCCACAUAGAUAGUGCCCCCGCUUGCGGAGGCCCUGCUGUUCUCAUCUCUGCCAGGGCUGGACUGCUCAACAUCAGGUUCCAGUGACCUACUACAUCACCGCAAAUCCAUGAAAUGACAGCACACAGAUGACUCAGCUGCCUGCGGAUGAACAUUUCACCUCUGGUAAGUUUGGUAGAAUAGAAGAGAUGUCAUGCAAAUGAGGUUUCAUUUUAAUGCAUACAGGAAACUUAGCCAAAUAUAAAGAGGGCAAGGAAAUCAUGCAUAUGACACCAGCUAGAACAUGACCCGACACGAUUUGAUGAGAUAAAAGAUAGGGUUACCAAACGUCCACGUUUCCCCGGCUCCUUUUGGGCCCCUGUCCGGGUUUCCGGGCAGUUUUUCAAAAAUCGGCUUAGCACAGCAAUCUGUAUGACCCAGGGCUGCAAGUUAGGGUGGAGCACCAAGUGAAGGAAAAGACCUCAAUAUCCAAUAUAUGGCAGCCACUCAACUUCCCGAAACCAUUGGCACUCUGACUUUAAUAUUCACGAGAGAAGCGCUACCUGAUUGAUCAGUGAACUGAAAACUUAUUAAUAUUCCGAUCCUAGACAAGUCCUCUUUUUCAUCUCACCAAAUAUGGUGACCCUAUCCAAAGAUAGAUUAUUUAUGCAAAUGUUCCUCUGAAUCAAGUGUCGCUGUUGUUUCAGGGAAACCUGUUUUGCAAAUGAAGGUAUUGAUCAGGUGAAAAAAGGAGCGCCUCACAAGGGGUCAUGAGUCACGCCUGCCCUGCCCUUUCACUUUUUAUUCUUCUUACCAUCAAGCUGCGGGCAGGCUUCCAGUCUAUGGUCACUAUUCCUGCGCAGUUCUGCAUUCACACACAUUUCAUUCAAUCAGUCACCCAUUGCCUUUUAAACAAUAUAUUUAUCUGGAUGUUACAGACUGUUUCCAUUAAUUGUAGUAUUUUAUCAAUCUGUCAGCCUGACGCCAAAUUACAUAUCCUCUCCUGGUGCUUUAACUACUGUCCUGCUGUCUUCGUUAUUCAGGUGUUUUCGCUGCCACACUGUCUUCGUAACCCAGGUGUCUUCACCGGGAAGCAGAAAGGCUUUAUACGAUCAGUAAGUCUUGUGGUCAGCUGGACAAUAUCCAGGAACCAAGGCUUCUCUGCAAGCGAAGCGAAACCAGUGCUGACAAUUACUGGGAAAAGACCAUGUCAUUCAGUUUCAUUUAUUACAGACAUAUGUGAAAACCAGGCACUGUGGAUUUUCUGUGUCUAAGAUUAAUUGGGGGGGGGGGGGGGGGUUAAAUAAGGUCCAGAUCACCAACACCACCACAUACAAAGCAAAGCGAUUCCAAUUGAAGCAAAGACUUAAUGAUGCUUUGAGUUUGUAGAAAAAUCACACUGUGAUUUUGCUGUGGAUUCAGCUUGGAUUUGCAGUAGUUUUACAACACAAACAAGGUUGGGAUUUAUUUUGUAGAAGGAACUUCUGCAAGCCCCACAAUAUCCAUUAUUUAAAAUGACAGGUGUCAUCACAUAUGCUUAUAUUUAUACAUGAAAAUAUAUCCAUUGCUGUAAACGAAUGGCAUCAUUACAAAUGCCCCAGGAUUAAUCACUCAGCUUAUGAUACCUGCUAUCAGAAUGACUGGCAUCGUUGGAAAUGCCCCCAGGUGGAAAUAAAGUCAUAAUAAUUACUAUAGUAUAAUAAAUUAUAUUAAAAUCGAGAAAUUGAUAUAUUCACUUUGUACAAAUCAAUUAAACUGCUUUUGAGUUGCCGUGACA